AAGCACAUAUGUCUUCUUACACAUGGCCUUUUCUUUUUCUCACAGUCUCUUGAAUGCUUUUUCUAAGAAAAGUAUUAUCCGAACUACACUGCUGCCAUGAAUUCACGUUACCUCUUUCUCAUAUUUCUGAUUCCUCUGAUUGAAAUUGCAAGAAGCGAAAAUGAGGUUGAAAAUGUAGAAGAUUCUGGAACAGGGCAGAGAGAACUUCGUGCCUGGCCAUGGGACAACAAACGUAAAUUUGUCUGCCCAUCACUUUUUGGUACUUUUGCCGAUAUAUUCGAUUGCUCCGCCUUUUACAUCUGCGUAGGAGGCGUGGCCAACAGAAAGAAGUGCAAUCGCAGGAUGCAGUUUGAUAAAUACAGAAAAGUGUGCUUACCUUUCAUCAUUGCAGUAUGUGAUAAAGGCGACGAUGACGGUACAACAGCUCGUCCUACAACAAAGAAUGACGGAGGAGACACAACUAAAGAUACGUUUACUUGUCCAAGUAUUCUUGGCAACUUCGCGCAUCCUGACGACUGUUCAAAGUACUACUCUUGCACUUUCUACAUACCAACUCUGAAAACUUGUUCAGACGGAGAACUAUUCGACACUGAUAAGAAACAAUGCAAAAAAGCAAAAGAUGUUAACUGCGGAUCCAGAAAAAAGCCAGAUGGCAAUGAUGGUACAACAGCUCUUCCUACAACUAAGAACGAUGUCGAAGUAACUACUAAAGAUAAAUUUACUUGUCCAAGCAUCCUCGGCACCUUUCAGCAUCCAGAUGAUUGCUCAAAAUACUACACCUGCACCGUAUUCAUCCCCUCUCUGAAAACCUGCCCAGAUGGAGAACUAUUCGACGGCGUCAAAAAACAAUGUAAACCAGCCAAAGAUGUUCACUGUGGAACAAGACAAAGGCCAAGUGAGGCAACCACUGAAGCAAUAACCACAACACCAAUUUCUACUGAAACCCCAACUCCCACUGAACCAGAAACAGCCACUCCAACUGAACCAGAAACAACAACUCCGACUGAGCCAGAGACAACCACUCCAACUCCAACUGAACCAGAAACAACAACUCCGACUGAGCCAGAGACAACCACUCCAACUCCAACUGAACUAGAAACAACCACUACCACUACGACAGAAGAGCCAACAACUACCAAACGACCCAAAGUUACAGCUCCCGACACGGACUGUGAUGAGGACGAUGUAGACUGCAUUAUCGAUGAUUUAGGAGAGACACCUGAUUGGUUUGUAUGUCCUGAGGAUAUCGGAAGCUAUCCUCAUCCAAGCAGUAAAAAGCUAUUCAUUUUCUGCCUGAACUGGAAGCCGUCGGUGAAAAAGUGUGGACAAGAUUUAAUAUUUUCCGAGGAAUUGAUGACAUGUGUUCAUCCAUACAUGUAGAAUUGUACAGAUGAUAUUCAACUUUUCAAUAAAAAUUAGCAAUAAA